AUGGAGAUGUUCACGGCCGCGAAAUCGGGUGAUCUAGACGCGAUCAAACGUCUUCUCCGUCAAGGAGAAUCUCUCGAACAGAAAGACGUCGAUGGACGGACCAUCCUAUACUCGGCCUGUAAACAUGGCCGCUACGAAGUGGUCAACUUUCUGCUCACAGGAACAAGUGACACGGUCGCUGCCGUGAAUGGAUCGACAGCAACCCCCACAGCAGAGGAAUGCAUCGAUACCCAAAGCCCUGAAGUGGCAGUUGAUGCGGAUAGAGAUGGCGAGCCUAAACACGAGAACCACGACCUAGUCAUCCGCCUAGCCAGCGACGUCGAUGCUGCCAUAGGUGCCCCCGACACUCCUCAACCCCUUAACCAUAACGGCAGUACCCUCCUACAGGUACCGACUAAACGAGGGCAAACGCCACUAUUCAUUGCAGCUUACAAAAACUAUCACACAAUGGUGGAGCUUCUGCUCGAUGCCGGUGCCGAGAUCAAUACAGCAAGCAAUGCAGGCCAGACACCACUCCAUAUAGCGGCUGAGAGAGGAAAGCGCAGCACAGUGAAGCUGCUCUGCCGAAGGGGUGCGGAUCUUAACACGAAAAGCAAUAAUGGUCAGAACGCGCUUGACUCGGCGUUGCUGAACCGCCAUUUCAAGACUGCAGAGGUUCUCAUCUCCGAGGGUGCUGAUUUGAACAGUCAGAAUGUGCUAGGUCGAACGGCGCUCUGUUUUGCCAUCGACAAAGGCCUCCUUGAUAUGGCCAAGCUUCUGAUCAACAAGGGUGCAGAUAUCAAGAUUAGCACGCCACUGCACCAAGCUUCUGCCAAGGGAUAUUUGGAACUGGUCAAGGAGCUCUUGGCUGCUGAUACCAAAGCAAUGAGCCAGGAGAAUCCAACCCCUAAUGGUGAGACAGCUUUGCAUGCAGCAGCAGCUGGGGGCUAUUUGGAUAUUGUCAAGCUGCUCGUUGAGGCUGGGGCAAAUUCGAAGGCGGCAAUGAAAAACGGAAGAGUGCCGUUGCAUUUAGCCUGUGCCGGUGGCUGGCUCGACAUCGCCGAAUACCUUCUUGCUGAUUGCCCUGAACAAUUCCAUGCUGUUGACUGCAAUGGCUUCACGCCGCUUCAUCUCGCUUCCCAGAGUGGUAAUCUUACACUGAUCAGACUACUCCUCGACUAUGACGCAUUCACAAUUGUUUCCGUCAAUAAAUCCGCUUCGACAGACCAAACUUCUAAGUCUCAACAGCAUCCGGAAUCAACUAUUGUGAUUGAUGAUGUCAACGUUCGAAAUAAGAUGGGCUGGACACCGCUACACUCGGCGGCGAAUUCUGGCCAGCAUGAUGCCGUCAAACUUCUACUUGAGAACGACGCCGAUCAUUCGAUCUCAGAUAUUUCGGGGUGGACCCCACUCCAGUCUGCCUCCUUCUACGGACACAUUCAGGUUGUCGAGUCGCUUCUCGAACAACCUGGUUGUGAGCCUCUCAAGACGGAUACUGCUGGUCGCACGGCCUUAUUCAUAGCUGCUUCACAGGGCCACCAGGAAAUAGUUAACAAGCUACUUGCCUUAACUGUGAUGAACACCGACAUCCUCCUCCAGAGGGACAUUUACAACUCCACUCCAUUGUGUGCAGCCAUGAGAAAUGGAUAUCAUAAGACCGCCGCCGAGCUCCUGAAAGCUGUCAGAUUGCCAUUGGAUUCCAAAGAUUUCAAUGGAAAGACUUUGGCCUCAUGGGUACGAACUUCCGCCAAUCGUCAACUUAAGGACAUGUUCCUUGAUAGUGACUGGGAUGGGGAGGUUGAGAAUAACAUUGCAAGCAAGGCCAGGGUAAUAUGUGAUUCAUACUGCCACGUUUGUAUGAAACGUGUGACGAAGAAGUACUCCCGUUACCGGUGUGAUAUCUGUGCAAGUGGAUUUCUAACCAUCUGCAAGGGCUGCUAUGAUCAAGGCUCGACAUGUCCUGGCUCCCACGAACUGGUGGAGGUGACGGAAUGCUUGAUUCACUAG